CAUGCGCUUAUUUGACGUUUCUUAUCAACGCGAUGCAAUUUUCGUUGAAAAGUUGUUUAUUGUAUCAAUUUACUAAAAUAAUAACAUUUAUUUACGGCCGCUGAUCCAGGACAAAUAUUAAGAAUUGCAUUUAAUAAAAAUGCCACCUACAGAUGCACUACGCAGUGGUGAACGCGAACGAGAGCAAUCGUACAUUAUACGACAAAGUAACAACAGCUAUGAGCACCGCGAGUCUCAAGCAACUGCCAUGUCCGUUGAUUACACUGGUCAGUGGGUGUUGUUAGCUGGACGAAGACAUUUAGCACUGCAACGACUUGGGCAAGAUGAUGGCACAUUGCGUAAAUAUUAUCGCAAUUCAAAGUACGAAGUAUCCGCUGCCGAAUUUGCUAUUUGCCCAAAUCGUCAGGAGUUCUGUGCCAUAGCAACAUCACAACAUAUCGACGUUGUUGUAUGGGGUGCAGCUGAGCCGCGACAUUUUCACUCACUACGUGGUCACACACGUAUGGUGACUGAUAUUGAUUGGCAUGGGAAAAAUCCAAAUUUGCUGGUUAGCUGCUCCAUUGAUACGUUUUCGCACAUUUGGGACUUACGUGAGCUAAGACGACCAACUUUAUCCUUAAGUGCAGUUUGCAUGUCUGGAGCCACACAAGUUGGUUUUAAUCGUGUGUCUGGUCACUUACUUGCCGCUGCACAUGAUGGCGAUUUAAGAAUUUGGGAUAUGCGCAAAGGUUCGUGUCCAAUACACUAUAUAACAGCACAUCUAAAUAGAGUGCAUGGCAUUAAUUGGAGCCACCGCCGUGAAACCUGUCUUGCUACAGCCAGUCAAGAUGGUACUGUUAAGUAUUUUGAUGUCAAUAAUCCUAGACGUGCGGAAAAGAUCAUUACAACAUCCUCACCAGUAUGGCGUGCACGAUAUACUCCUAUCGGAAAUGGACUUGUUAGUAUUGUUGUGCCUUAUUUGGGUCGUGGAGAGAAUAGUUUGUUUUUGUGGAGUAAUAGCAAACAAACUGAUCCAGUCUGUUCCUUUGUUGGUCACACUGAUGUGAUACUUGACUUUGCUUGGCGCCCAAAUCGUGAAAACUCAUCAGAAAUUGAACUAGUUACAUGGUCACGUGAUCGUACGUUACGCGUUUGGAAAAUUGACGAUAUGAUGCUGAAAUUAUGUGAGCCAGAUACAAAUGAUUAUUAUGAUACGUACGACUCCUUUGUUGACACACCAACCAGAUUAAAGCCUAUUAUGACAUCUUCGAUGCAAUCGCCACCAAUGCAUAGCAGCCAACAAACAACUAGUCCUGUACCAACUGAAGCUAUUGAUGCUUUACACAUAUCUGCUUCACGUUCACCGCCACCACCUAUACGUAAGGAAGAUGGACAAAUAGCAAUUUCAUUUACGGAUCAACCUACCAUUUCACUACAUCAUGAGUUCUCUUUGUUAAAUACAAAUAUUCCACAUGUACAAGUAGAUGUUUUGGAUGCAUUGAAACGUUACGCUGUAUUUAGAAUAACAGCUGUUGGUCACGUAGUGGUGCUUCAGACAACUUUUCCUACUGAAUACCCAAGUCCAAAUGUGGGACCUGAUUUUAGCUUUUGCCAAGGAACAACUAUACAUGACCACUUGUCCAUGACCUUGCUGAAAGUACUUAAAACAAAUGCCUUACAACGUGUGAAGCGAUCGCGCACCUGUUUGGAGCAAUGUUUAAGAGCUUUAGUUGCUGCAAUGAAAAAGUCUGUCGGUGGUUCUGAAAAAUCGCAUUUACGUCUACAAUCGCCACGUCUCGAGGGUGAUUUAAGUGGUGCGCUACACGAUGCUUGGCUGCCGUUUCCUCGUAUAUCGGCAGCAAAAUUUAAUGGUGUGGGUAUGCUAGUUACUUUUGGACAAGUACUUAACACUAAACGUUUGCCAUUAAGGCAUGAAAAUAAAACACCUCGCACGCUAUCCGCCAUUAACGGUGGCGGCUUGCUUGGUAAUGUUAUGGGACCACAACCUGUACUCUAUGCACAUCGUGACUCCAAUGCAUCAUUUUACAUACAUGAUCGGAUGAGUUCCAAACACACGAAAAAUCGUUCAUUACAAAAACCCACAAUCACCUCACCGGUUGUGCAUAUAUACGAUACAAGUAAAUUACUGAAUAUAAGUCGUAAUAUGGCACAAGAAUAUUCACUUGACAAAAGUAAUAUAAUUACAACAUGUCGUAAAAAUCGGCAAGUUUGUGAAACAAACGGUCGGUAUGAUCUAAUGCCAAUUUGGACUUUGGCUGAGAUGAUAGCAACCCCUAAUAUACCAAACGAAAUAAAAUAUGAGUCAUUAUUCUAUAAGGAUCCAUUCAAAAAAUUUCUGCUUGAAGCGUUGAUAACGCAUUAUGCAAAUGCCGGUGAUUUGCAAACUGCAGUUAUGUUGGCUUGCCUAUUUCAUAAAUGCACCUCUACAAUGGAACUAGACACCUUCGCCACAGCUAUACAAAAUUGCCAAAGUCUUUUGCCACAUAAGACAGCAGCGAACAGUUCACCAUAUCAUACUGUGCUGCCGAUUGAUAAUCACGCAUCCCACACAAAAGUAUCAUCUAGCGGUGGACUUGCUCUUAUGCAUUUAAAACAGCAACGUAGUAAUUCUUGGUCAGAUUCUAUUGAUUGGACAGAUCUGAAAUCACACAAUGCCGAUGCUUAUUCCUGUUCAUUAAUACGAAAAGCUAAAAUGCCAUUAUUUGACAACUUUAAACGUAUUUAUGCGGAACUGCUCUUCGGCUGGCAAUUGAUUUCAAAACGUGCCCUGAUACUAAAGCAUACAAUGUAUUCAACUAGCAUUCCACAGGGUGUGGAAUUUGUAACAGAAUGUUUGGGUUGCAACAAAACUAAACGUACGCCAGGUUGCCGCAAAUGUAAACGUCCCGUCUUGUUUUGUGCCUUAUGUAAAUUGCCAGUAAAAGGUGCAUCAAAUGCUUGCAUAGCAUGUGGCCAUGGUGGUCAUGUUAUACAUAUGAUGCAGUGGUUCGAGAAGCACAACGUAUGUGCCACUGGUUGUGGUUGCCUAUGCCUUAAACAAUCCGCACAGUUAUUGGAACACAUAAUCUAAAAGCUGUUAAAGUUUUUCAUAUAUGUUAUUGUUUGAAUUGUUAAUCUUAUAUGUUAUGUUUAUCCAUUUUUAUAUAAAUUUUUAUAUAUUUGUAAUGUUAAGGUGAAAUGUAGUAAAGUAUAUUUAGGCAAAUCAUUCUGACUUCACACUUUUAUUUUAAAUUAAUAACGUAAUAAACGUAAUAGU